AUGAGGUGUUGGGGCAUCAUAGACGGUCUUUGGGAUCGUCUUAACGCCCAGCCAAUACUCCUACCCGUUGCCCAACACGCCGGGAACCCGGCUCACGUCGCUUCCAGGCUGUACCAUACGCGUAGUCGCCGGGUCAAGCACAGCGACUCCACCCCACUGAUCUUCGCCUGUCUCCUCCAGCUCCUCUACUGUAGUCGGGGCUACCUACCCGACACGGAAUCAAGCGACGCCGAUUUUGCGGGUUCCGGCAUUAGUGGCAUUGGUACCUUGACCCAGCCGGAUAGUAAUGUCUUCCUCCUAACUAGCACUGUCACCGCUAGCGGUACCAGAGAACACCGCCCUACCCAAUCCCUCGUCCACACUAAUUCCAACCAAAUCACCACUUUUAAGGAUACGCCGGCGUGA